CGUUAAGCGAUUACUUUCAAAAGAUAACAGUUUUUAAAUGGUUCAUAUAUCAACUAUAACACUUCUAUGUUGAUCUUGUUGAGGUGUAGAUCGUAAAUUUGCUUUUUUUGUCUCUCUAAAAGAUCGGUGAUCUUCAAAUGAAUUCGAGCGUUUGAUAAUGAAGGUUCUUCUACAUGUUGUGUUUCUAACGGCACACGUUUAUUAUUUAGUUAAUUGUGAAGCUGGAACGUACCGCUUAUCGCCGACGGAGGCCGUCCCGACGCAAUAUUCGAUAACAAUCCGACCGGAUUUCGAAAACAGCGUUUUUUCCGGAGAAGUCUCCAUACAAGUCACCACUAAAGGGGAAUUGCAAUGCAUCGUUUUGCACAGUUCCAAUUUAACGAUCGAAGAAGUGAAAAUUAACGGAAAAAACGCCACUUACGAGCUGCAAUUAUUUGAUAAAAUCGGCGUUUCUUUCGCAACGAACGAGACCAUUCAAGCCGGCGAUCAAUUGGUUCAUAUUAAGUACAAGGGGGUGAUAGGGAGGGAGCUGGGAUUCAUUAGAGCCUCGUUUGAAAACGACGACGAGAUUGUAAAAAUUUACGUUACGGAAUUGGAGCCCGAUUAUGCCAGAACAGUAUUUCCUUGCUUUGACGAGCCCAUUUUCAAAGCUUUGUUUAAUUUGAGGCUGAUCUCCCCCAAUGAAACCUACAAAGCAAUUUCAAACAUGCAAGAAGCGAAUAAAAUUAAAACGGCCGAAGGGACUGUCGUGUACGUUUUCGAACAAUCUCCGAAAAUGUCCACGUACUUGCUAUCGUUCGCAUUCACCAAUCCGAGCUACACCUAUUACGAAAAUUUCAUGGAUAUUGAAGGAAAUCAGAUCCCUAUUAGAAUACAUACAGUUAAUGCGAGCGCGGAAAAGAACCAAUUCGCGUUCAAGUGCGCCGAAACAGCUUUGCAGUUCUAUUCAACAUAUACCGAUGAAAAAUAUCCUUUAACAAAAUUGGAUAUGGUGGAAUAUAAAAGAAAUUUAACAGCGGCCACCGAAAAUUGGGGGCUCAUAACGUUCAGGGAAGGUCUGCUCACCCCUUCGCUACGCAUAUACAACAAAUACCAGGUUAAACUAGUAAUGUUUCACGAGUUGGGACAUUUCUGGUUCGGGAAUUUAGUUACUAAUAAAUGGUGGAGCGAUCUUUGGCUACAAGAAGGGUUCGCUACUUACAUGAGCUACAAAUUACUAGCGAUAGACAGCAAAGGAAAAAAGGACGUGGUAAAUGAAAUGAGAACGUUUGGAUUCAACGACUACUUCGAAUUGGAUCUGACAAGUAACAAACCGGCUAUAGUGUCUUAUUUACCCACGCAAAGCAGCAUCGAUGAUGUUUUCAACGAAUUGGUUUAUUACAAGAGCGCCGGUAUGCUCUACAUGCUGGAAGAUUUCAUCGGAGAGGACACAUUUCAACAAAUCGUACAAAAGUUUAUGAAAAAAUACCGUUUUUCCACCGCCUCUACGAACGAUUUUAUACUGACUGCAGAAGAGGUGGUUAAAAGCGAGCCGUUGAGAGCUUUUCUGAAAAGUUAUUUGUAUCAAAAGAAGUUUCCCGUUAUAAAUGUGGAUGUAUUGGACAAUGGGACCUACGUAUUGAAUCAAGAACCUGCCUUGACUUUAAGCAACACAGAGAAAUCGGAAGGAUUAGGACAAAAAUGGGUAAUUCCAGUGAGUUAUAUAACCGACUCCGGAAAUAUCUCAAGGUUUUGGUUCGACGAAGAGGAAAACCCAGCCAUAAGAGAAUUUCCAGAAGCCAAAUGGAUCGUCCUCAACCCGACCGGAAUGGCAGUUUACAGAGUAGCUUAUUCGAAAAAACUGUGGGACCAGAUAAUAGAAAAUUUCGAGGAAAUCCCAGUCGCAUCGACAGAAUCCAUUAUUCUGGACCUUUACUAUUCGUUCCGGAUAAACAAAGUGGGCUGCGAUACCGUGAUAAACUUAAUGAAUCGAGUAAAGAGAGAUUGCAGAAAUAAAUGGGUGUACUUCCACACGGUAAUCGAGCACAUUAAAGAAGGUUUAAUAUGCAUGGAUCAUAAACAGGAGGCUAGCCUAUUUUGGAAUUUUUUCGUCAAGCGCUUGGAGGAAACCGAAUAUGGAAGACAUCCUUUAAAUAUCGAUGCUGAAUGUGAUAAUGAAUACAUUUUAACAGGGAUCGAGUAUAAACAACAUUUUGAAAAAUGCGCGGCGUGGAUUACAGAAAACCUAACUGAAAAGGAAUCUAACGCGAUUCCAGCUUAACGUUAAUGUUAUAGGCCCAAUUUAAUUAAUUAUAGAUAUUAUUUAUGUAUCAAAUUUUCCCAAAACCACUUGCUUUCAUGACAAAUUUUGCGUAUUUCGUUCCUUCUUUGUGCUUAUAAUGAAAAUACGCCUAACUCCUACAAAAGAUCUGAAACUCAAAACUAGUGUAUUUGUUUAGUAAGAUAAUAAAAAUUAAUAAAAACUUACCUUAUGUUAUUUUCUUCACUCGUUGAAUAUUUUUGGGGUUAAAAGAAAACGAUUUACAU